GUAGACCCGGAGAGCACGUGCUUGGACACCGUGCCCUUGCUGGGGAAGCUGGUCAGCUACUUCCUCUACCCGGGUAAAUAUCCGGGAGAAACGCAGAAGGGCGCCUCCGAGUUCGCGACCUUCCUGCUGGGGUGCUUGGACAACGCCCAGGACCUGCGCACCAGAGUGUUUGGCUCGGGAGCUAGCGUGGCCGUCGAUGGCCAGAUCCUGUGCGAGGCGUCUCCCGAAGCGCAGGUAGCAGCGGCGGCGGGCAAUGUCAAUGUUGCGGGUGUGCCGAUGGUUUCUUCGACCCGAGACGCUGCCAUCGCGGCGCCUUCUCCUGCGCUGAUGCUACGCGUGGAGAAUACGUGCGAGCUCGGCGGCGUCCGACAUUCCGUCACUGCCAGGGCAGAUUGGGGCACAGCCGAGUUUGAGGUGACAGUGGCUGGUGCCGAGGACACUGUCGCGCAUCGCGUCGCCUCGUUUGUGGCACGCGAGGCAGCAGGAGACGUCUCCGCCGACCAGAGGACGCGGUCUGGCCACUACUUGACCUUCGCGCACUCGGACGACGCCUGGUUCGAGAUGAACGACGAUAAAGUGAUGAGGCUGCACGAGCCACCAGAUCAUUUCCCGCACCUCGUCCUCCCGACGCGCGUCGAGACAGCGACGGGCAGGCGACUGCGCGGCAAGCAGGCGCGGGCUGACCCCCGCACCAUGCUGGAUCUCUUGACCGGCAAGGUGGCGGAGGCCGCAUCGGCGACGCAGCGGCAAGCGGAUCGACGCGCCCAGGGACAUGCCAGACAGGCCCGCGGGCAGGAGCCGGCGGGGGCGAGCAGCCAGGGCGGCACGCAGCACGGCCAUGGCGGCCGGGACAGAAGCGGGCGACAGCAAAACCGAAGCGGCCGGGAGCAGGGCCGACGCGGCCGGGAGCAGGGCCGAAGUGGCCGGGAGCAGGACCGAAGCGGCAGGGAGCAGGGCGACUGGCUCGAGCACGUGAACGAGGAGCACAGGGGGGGGGGACAGAGGUACCGCAAUGCCCUCUUCGCGCCCGAGUCGCUGUGCCCGCACAAGACCAUGGGCCAGGCCGCGGCUGCGCUGCCCGAUCCGGAGACGAACCACGAGGCCUGGAACCUCAUCCCGAAAGAAGAGCUUCUCGCGUCGGCCGUGAAUACGAGGGUCGGAGACUCGCAGGAUCGCAGGCCCGUGCUCCCCCGCAAGCGCCGAGUCAAUGAUGCGCAAGCCAGCGGGCACGAGAAAGUGAACGUCUGCCAGGAGUGUUUCGACAACUUCAAGAAGAAGUCCCCCACGAUGUGCAAAUACGCCCUGGCGAACCACGCGUGGACUGGCCGCUGGCCCCCGCUGUUCCGAGACACGACGCUGGCUCACGAGAUGCUGCUCGCCUUGGCGCGGGCGGUUGCCACCGAGGUUGUGCUGCGGACAGACCAGCGCUCCAAGGCUGAGACUGCCGGCUGUCAGACCGCGCGCCCCUGGGACUUCCUCGCCCACCAGUCUGGCUUCACGGGGUGCGCUGUGCUGUUCGGGAACGCCUUGUGCACCGAGGCCUUGACGCGGUUCCCGACCCCUGACCCGGGAAAGUCUUUUGCCGUCAGUUUCACGGGGCCGCCCUCCCAGGGCGACGAGGGCGCCGACGAGGCGGCCUACUUUCGGAAGACCAACGUCGCAUACGCCGAGACCACUUACGACGCCGACCUGGUGGCCCAGUGGCGCCAAGCGGGCGAUGAGAAACGGGCGCCGCCCCCGAUCUCGGACUCCGCUGUGGAGGCCCCCAUGGAAACCGACGACCCGGGCGCGGUCCUGCCCAGCGGGCCCGGGGGCGCCACGGCGGCGGGGCACGCCGACAGGAUCGACGAGGACGUCCUGCUCGAGCGCCAGUCCAGAGUAGUGGCCGCCUCCCACCCCGAUGACAUCCCCGGCGCCAAAGCUCACGAGAGCUGCACGCAGAUAACAAGCCUGCAGCACCAGCUGGAAGAGCUCGACGCCGCCGCAGCGCGAUCGGUGGCGGCGGAAGCGGAGUCCAUCCUGGAGUCGCAAGUGGACGGCAAUGACUCCUGCCUCCAGGACGAGGCCGGCCGAGAGCGCAUACUUGAGCAAUGCGCCAAGGUUCGGAAGCUCGCGCAGAAAGCCACGAGCGAGCAGUCGCAACGCAAAAUGCUCGCAGAGCUGCAGCGGCUGCUUCGUGGCGUCGAUUAUCAGGUCGCGCGGGGCAGCAGGCCGUUCUCUCUGUUCAACUGGGAAGCCAUGACGCAGGAGCUGGAGCACACGGUGGACGGAGAAGACGACGAGCAGUACAAGUGCGCCUUCCUGACGAGCGGCGGCAUGAAGAUCGCCGAGCAGCUCCUGAAGUUGACGCCGGAAGAACAGAUGGGCCAUGCCGACAUCAUGGGCACGGACGGGCACCGCCGACUGUGCCGGCACGAAGGGAAUGCCUACAUGACCUUGUUCGGCGAGCCUGUCGCGCUCUGCACCCCCAACCUUGCGGACGCGAAGCGGCCGCUGCUCCUCUACUGGGACAUGAUGAAGAGGCUUGCCGGGUACCCAGUGGGUCAGACGGUCGUGCUCGACAAGAUGAUGAAGCUGUUCUUCAUGCACGCAUCGGGAGCGCGACCAGAACUCUUGAAAAAUCGGCGUCGCGCGCGGCCCUCUGCCGAUCAGUGCGCGGACGGC